AUGACUUCAUGUGGGAAGACUACUGAUGAGGACAUGAGAUGCGACCUGUCCCUCGCCGGGUUCGCCAACCGGACCAGCCACUGGCACGCCUUUCCCGGCUACGAGCAUGUGAUCCCCAACGCCACGCUCCUCCCGUUCGGCAACAGCUACCGCGACCUCAUCGGCGGCCUGGCGAACCUGCCGAGCCUGCCCCUGGGCCAGGACCCCACGCAGCGUGCCGUCCACGCGCUCUCCGGCCACGACCCGGCCGCCGCUGGCAGCGAUGACGUCGAGGCGCUGAAGCGGGGGCUGGCGACGCUGACAGUGACCCAGUGCGAGGCCCUGCGGCUGACGCCAAUCAAGGAGACGGUCUCCCGGGGGUGGGAGAGCGGCGACGCGCAUCUCACCCCGGAGCACCUGGGGUACAUCGAGCACUGGGACGCCAUGUGCUUAGAGCACAGGAUGUAG